AAAUUAUAAGCAAUUCUAUUAAAAUAUUUUAUUAAAUAUAAGUUUAGUACAAGUAAUGGAUGUUUUGGGGCCCUUAUCGUGGAGCUCGUGGAUAGCGCUGUCAAUUGUGUCGGCUCUGCCAUUCAUUUAUAUAUUUUUAACCAAAACCUUCAACUACUGGAAAAAACUAGGUGUGAGUGGUCCGACGCCAUACCCAAUAGUGGGCACAAAUCUUUACAGAGUCCUUAAACCAGGUCCUAACGUGGAAUUGGAUUGGUUCGCAAAAUAUGGAAAAUUAUACGGGGUUUUUAAUAAGACUGCGCCCAUAAUAACUAUCGGCGAACCGGAACUCAUCAAAAAUGUUUUGGUCAAAGAUUUUCAUCUGUUUUCCGACCGCAAAGAUAGACCGGUUGACCAUAAGAUACUAAAUCAACAUCUGUUUGCCUCCCGGGGCGACGACUGGAAACGCUUGCGAUCUAUACUCAGCCCUACCUUUACGUCGGGAAAGAUGAAGAAAAUGUAUCCAAUGAUUAGGGAGUGUUUGACUGAUUUCUUGGAUCACUUGGAAGUGUACGCCAAGGAUGGCAAGGAUGUCAACAUCAAGGAUAUGAUGGGGAACUUCACGAUGGAUGUGAUCGCCACGUGUGCCUUCGCCACCAAAACUAAUUCACAUAAAGACCCCAACAAUCCGUUUGUAGGAAACGCUAAGAAAAUAUUUGAUUUCCCGAUUUCAAGACUCCUCCCAAUAAUGCUUUUGCCAAAGAAGUUGUCCACUCUUUUGGGUCUUUCAGUUCAAGACGAGAGACUCAAUGAGUUCUUCUUCGAUGUGACGAAACAGCGAAUCAAUGAAAGAAAAUCCGUUAAAAAUAGUAAGAAAUACAAUGAUUUCAUUCAACUUCUUGUGGACGCAAACAAUAAUACAAAU